AUGGAGGUCGCCAAUAAGAAAAUCAAGAAGAUUCUGAGGAAAAUGAUUGACAAUUACUGCGGUUGGUAUGAGAUGUUUCCAUAUACUUUGUUGGGAUGCCAAACAACUGUCAGAACAUCGAUCACAGCUACUCCAAACUUGUUAGUGUAUGGUGCAGAAGCGAGAAUGAUUCGCGCUUUCCACAAGAGAGUAAGAGCUUGGAUUUUUGAAAUUGGUCAGUUGGUCCUUAAGAUUAUUUUUCCUCAUCAAGAAGAGUUUAAAGGAAAAUUUGCACCGAAUUUGAAAGGACCUUACAUGGUUCGCAAAGUGUUAUCUGGAGGUGCUUUGGUCCUGUUGGAGAUGGAUGGCACUGCAUGGCCAGAACGGAUCAAUUCAGAUGGUGUCAAGAGAUACUACAUGUGA